AUGCUGGCCGGGCUCACGAUCACCCACAUCCCAGGCAAUUCCGGCAAGGGAAACUCUGGCGAUGCCACAAACGCUGGAGAGGAACUGUGGGUAAAUUACUUUGAGGCUGCGAAGUGCAAGAAGAAGGGCAUCAAAGCUUGCGUGUACGGGUACGUGAUUCGUAAGGGAGAGGAACACUCGGUAUCUCUCCUCGUGCUCGAUUACGACAAAGUGUCCAGCGACAUCGUCAACGAGGCGGCCCGGUCUACUGGAAAGAAGGAACCCAUCAUAAACUGCAAGAACUCCACCCAGUAUGCACGACCAGUGUGGAUGGGUCACGGAUUUGAGCUCGGCAAGGCUGUCGUUUCUCCCGCAAAGAAGCGAAGCGGCGUGGACCAUCCCUCACCCGACAGAGGAACAAAGGCCGAGUCGUGGAGCCACGCACAGUGGCCGACAACGACAUCACAAUGCCCAGGACCGAUUGGAAGAAGCUCGUACAGGCUUACAAGGGCAAGGGUGCAUUCGACAAACGAAUGUAUUCGCAGCUGCGCGCUGCCAUCCAGAUAUACCGAGGAACGAAACACCUUCACGCUCCCUCUAUAG